AUGGACAUGAUGACCGCAGUAACUAUUGCCCAGUUCUAUGAUCCACCUCUACGAUGUUUCACGUUUUCUGACUUCCAGUUGGCUCCUACCUUGGAAGAGGUUGAGAGGAUCAUAGGCCGGAAUUUGAAGGAUCAGAACCCAUUUCCUAAGCUCGAUGAAGAUAUUCCUCCCAAGAGGAUAGCUUCAGCUUUGGGUCUGAAAGUUUCUGAAGUCGUGGAUAAUUGGGAUGUGAAAGGACCUUUCAGUGGUUUUUCUAGGAAGUUCUUGGAAGAUCAGGCCAAGAAGAUGGAAAAAGAAGGGAAUUGGGAAGCCUUUUAUGCUGUGUUAGCCGUGUUGAUAUAUGGGAUAGUCCUCUUCCCAAAUAUUGACCAUUUCGUGGACCACCUGGCGGUGAGAAUUUUCCUCUCUGGUAACCCUGUACCGUUCCUCUUGGCAGAUCUCUACUACACUCUCCAUGACCGUCAUGAGAGGAAGGGAGGAAUUGUCUUAUGUUGUGCGCAGUUGUUGCAUGCCUGGUUUAGAUCCCACAUGCCCGAAGAAGGUCCUUUUGUCUCAAAGGAACUCAAGCCCUUCCAGAAGUUAGCUUCCCUCACUUCCAGUCAUGUUAAGUGGUAUAUCAGGGAUUGGGAAACCGAGAAUGUGAUUGUCAGCAUUGGAGACUUCCCCAAUGUGCCUUUGGUAGGAACCAAGGGUUGCAUCAACUAUAACCCCGUGCUAUCUCUGAGGCAGCAUGGGUACCCUAUGAAUGGCCCUCCAAAAGCUGAAGCUCUAGAGCCUUUCAUCUUACAUGGUGUUGAAGCGGAUCAUCCAAUGGUGAAAAAGAUCAAGAGGUCUUGGCAAGCAGUUAUCAGGAAAGGUAAGGAGUUGGGUAAGAGAAAUGUCAUUGCCCGAGAGCCUUACACUUGUUGGGAAGAGGAGUUGGAUAGAGCUUUACUCCGGAUUCAAAAACUCAACAAGACCCUGGAGCUGACCCUUGAAAUGAAAAGGGAAGCACGACUGAUUUCCGAGAUUCGUACUCGUGAACUGGAGAAUACCAUUCAAAAAUACAAGGAUACUCUGGAACGUGAGAAGCUGAAGACUGAAGAGUCAGAAAGAGUUUGCACACGGUUGAAACAUCAUUUGGAUCGAGCCGAUGCUAGAAUCCAGGCACUUGAAGGUGGGGAUCAGGAUGCUGCGUAUAUGGUGUUGCUAGGUGAAUGCAGAUAUUGGAGAAACCUCUAUAGGGACAUAUAG